GGAAACAGUUGAAAUUCGCAUAAAAUAUUUUAAGGCGAAUACAAAUUCGAUUCGCUAGAGGGGGUAGAUUAUGUCAUUAUUAGCAUGCGGUAUAAUGGGACUAAGGUUUAUGGAAACCGGUUUAUUUGCAUAAAUUCGCAUUAUUUCCAAUUUUAAAAGACGUUUCCGUACAUGUUGGCCUGAACACCUUACGUUUUUAUCCGACAGCUAUCCAUAACGCCUCCCUUGAUUAAAAGUGUCCAUUUUUAAUUCGCAUAACGCAGCUGAAGGGAACGCCCAGAGAUUCGCGUUUUCUUUAGCCGAAUUUUCAUGAAUGCGCUUAAAAUAUGCAAAUGAGUUGAAUGGAAACCCAACUAAUGGUCCCCCCUCAAAUAAGCCUACAUCCUGAUAUGGAAGUAGAUCCUAUCUUGACAAGCCCAUAGGUUCUCAUCAGGUGGUGGCUGUGAGUGACAUUACUACCGGGUGUGCUUAAUUGGCAUCUAAUGUGGUCUUGUGAAGAAACACCCGAGUGAGUAAUCCGUGUUUGUUAUAACCUAUAAUUCAAGAAGCUUGGCAUUGGCCGUUGGCAAACUGUCAGGUGUUUUGUAGUUGCUUUUUAACAUGGUGCGAGCAGGUUUGUUGAUGUACUUUUUGGUUUGUUGUUGGAAGCCACCUUUUUCCGUCGAAGCUGGCAUGCAUUACAGUUGGGACGUCCAAAAUGUCAAAGGUAUUUUCAAGUUCCCGGAGCAGCACCUCAAGAGCGCACCCGUAUACGAAGUGACUUGGCCGGGUACAGAGAAGGAUCGACCCGAGGCCCCCCAAUCAAAACCAAUGCCACUUUCUCUACCCAUGUUCCAGCAUGCCCCAGUUCCGUUGGCGAGUGUUGAGCUUUUUAAACCAGUCGCCGGAAAGCGUCCCUUGCCACACUCCCUUGUGGACCUUUUGCUACCACAUAGGUACAAGCCCUCGAGUAGGCCUACACAUGUUCCGCUUUCUCACGAACACAGUGUCCCUAGGAUCCAGUAUAAUCUCGGUGCGCGUUAACAGGAAAUGUCUUGGAUUCAAGGCUCCACCAUCAAUGUUUCGCUUGGGAACGUGUGCUGUCACGUUUGCCACGACAGAAUACUUAUAUUUCCAUUAUUACCUCUAGGAAUGCGGUAGUAUAUCAACGAUUCCACUAUUCGUACAAGGUCGGAUACGUGCCGGAGGUGAAGGACCGGGUAAUUUUGAAGAGUUUGAAGACCAUGCACACCUUCAACUUGACCGCGCUUAAUGGUAGUCUAAUGUCUUUAUGAACUUUGGUCCUUUUUAAGUAAUUUUUUUUAUUUCAAAUAUGAAAAAUAUACUUUAAACACAGCACAAUGGAAGACACUUUAUGUGGGUGAAGAAUAUGUGCUUAGCGAGGCAACGUACUUUUGAAGUCUCCGCGCAGCACAUCUCCAAAGAUCAGCGGGUGUUUGUUGACUCGUGUCAUGUGAACCGUUCUCAGGAUCCCAAUUCUAUGCCUUGUCAAGAUGUCAUUCGUAAUUUUGGGUGGGUACACCGUUGACCUCUCCCAGUUAUUUUGGAUGUUGUUGAUGCCUGAUGGAUUUGCGCAAUGGUGCUCUAGGUGUCUACUGGACAGCACGAGGAGCGGGAGCCUGUCGCAGUUUUACUCCAGAUAUUCUAAUAUUCUUCGGUUCACAAUACUCCUUCCUGUUUCCAAAUGUUGCAACAGAGGUGACUGAUCAUUUUGUUUUCGCAUGUAGUCAGGAAAAUAUAAUGGCCCAAUAUAAAAUGUUUGUAUUGCUCUGUGCAACAGCGCCUCUACCUGCACUGUUCCGCCAACGUAGGGAACAAGGACCCGACAGUGACUUCCAAAUCAUGCACCUACAACAGCGCCGCAGAGAGUGACUACCUUUUUCAAAAUGCUGUUUCGGGAAAAAUGACGAUCUUUGAAGUAAUGUGCAUUUAAAAUAUUUGAACUCUAUUUUUUUCCUCUAACAUCAUGAGUCCAGAUGGGAAGAAUUACAUGGCUUUAACUCUGUGUGCUCCUGUUGCAAGACCAAGUGUGAGCACAGUGCAACUAUAGCAUCCAUACCCUCUGCAGCGAAGAGCCUGAUCACAAGUGACAGCUGGAAAGUGGUGCAACGGGCACGAAAGAGUGCCUCCUCAUUGCCCACAGAAGUAGUGAACAGUGACACUCGGAGCACACAGGAAGUCGGGUUGAAAGUAGGUGAUGGCGCUAUUCAAGAGAUGGAGGACAUUGGAGUAAAGGAACCGGACAUGCUGAAAAGUGGAUUUAUGGUCAAAGAUGGUGACCGCGGCAAAGAAUCAUCCGUCAGCAGAGAAGAAUGAUGAGAUGCCCCUAAAUGUUUAAAAAUGUAGAGUUCUUUUCAACGGCAUUCGCAUUAUUACUACGAAUUCGGUUAGGCUAAACUUGUUCCGUGAAAUAUGUAGGCUAUGCUUUCACAUUCCUUCUCAGUGGAAAAUAUCUUAUGAACUCUUGAGCAUUAAAUAUUUAAUUAAGGCCUUGCUUAUUAUUGUGUGAAAUAUUGCCUUCGUUCUGUUCAAUCAAACAGACAAGUAUUUGUUUUUACCAACAAAAGGGUUUUCUGGAACACUCAAAACAACCAACAGUUCUCAGUUCUCAAAACAACCAAUGGAUAAUCAUGAGAUGUUAAAGAGGAAACAUACCAUGUAUGUCUUAAUGAGCAUAACAGCAUAGCAAAUAACAAGCAUGCAGACUUAUUUUAAUUGCUUUGACAUUUCUGCCAUUGUGAUUCGAGGCUGGUUACGCUAAGCAUAGGCCCACUGAAGUUGGCACAUAUUUGGAAAAGAACAUCGGAUUGGCUUACACACCAGGUUAGCGAUUGUCACACGCAAAUAGCAUGACGACGUAGCUAUUUUUUCUGACCAGUCAUUCUUGAUUUUAAUCAGCUGGGAUACGUCAACAUGUGCCUUCAAUUGGCAUGGGCAACUGGUGAUCUUGGAUAGCUCACUGAAAUCUUGCCUGCACGCCUACAUCCCGUCCAAAAGAUUGAUUCAGCUCUACCGACGGAAAUAUUUAGCUGAAACACUUCAAAGAUUAUGGGUUUAUCCCUUCUGCCUAUGUGUAUUAUUUGGGGCGUCAUUCUCCCAAGCGGAUACUCGAAAGGUCGCAGUAGGGAUAACGUGCCUACAGUUUAUACUUCAUCUUUUAUGAGGCUGAACUCGGAACCCCUACUCCAGAACCAGGAACCCCUAUUCCAGAACCAAGGACCCCUACUCCCCACACCGUAUUUGCAGCUGCCAGUGUUCCAGCACUCCAGAGUUCCACUGGUGGCCAAAGAGCACUUCUCACCAUUAAGGGGAAAAGGACACGAAAAGCUUCCUGAUGACAUCAGAGACAUUUUAAAGCCCGUCUUUCCACAAGUUAAGGAGGCUCGGCACUCCGGUGGGCCACGCGGAAUUGUGAUCCAGUGUAAAGUAAACAAAAUGGAAGUAAGGGUACCGAAACGACUUUUGGGCUCUGAAUAUUCUCGUUCGCAUCUUGCGUUUGGAACGUGCCAACCCAACAACUUCACAAAACACUACCUGUCUUUCGUAUACGACGUCAAUGAGUGUGGAAGUAACCGAUCGAUCGUGAACAACCGUGUGGCGUACUCAAAUACACUCCGAUAUGCUCCUAUAGUCACAAUGGGCCCAAUAAGACGUGUGAUUCCCUUCACAUUGCCCAUUACAUGUCACUUCAACAGGUUCCACUACUCCUACAAAAUUGGCUAUCAACCAAAGGUCGAGACGCAAAAAGUCUUCAAACACAUGACUAGCAAGUCUGUCUACACACUCACUCCUUUUGAUGCUCAGUGGAAAAAACUCAACCUCUCAGAUUGGUAUGCCAUUGGGCGGCCAAUGUACUUCGAAGCAGAGGGCCCUCCACUGGACAGAGAUGGGAGACUUUACAUUCACUCCUGCCAUGUAACUCCGAACGAGUCACACUCUUCAAAGCCCAUCUUUACAGUCAUUGACAACUUUGGGUGUAUGAUUGACAGCAAAUCCAGCAUACAGUCUGGAUUCAUUUCCUAUACUAGGACUACAGUACGCUUUUCUGUGGAUGCCUUUGUGUUCCAGGGAGUGGCUAGCAGGCACCUGUUCAUGCACUGCGAGAUGUCAACAGGAAGUGUGACUCCAACAGAGAGUGACAAGUCCUGCUCCUACAACCGCGAAAGAAAAAGGUGGGAAGAACUGCAGGGCCUUGACUCUGUGUGCUCUUGCUGUGAAUCCACAUGUCUCUCCCCCCCUACUGCAGCCAAAAAGAUGGUGUCCAGUGGGGCGUGGUCUGUGGAGUCCGAUGGUAUACAAACCAGUAAGAUGAAGUCUCCUCUGUGGCCUGAGGAAGAGGGGCCAGAGCCAGAGAUUGUCCAGGGUGUCGUGGUAACGGAGAUGAAGCACCCGACAGGCUCCGCAGUGGUGUAGAAGGAUAGGGAGACUGAGCCGCGGCGAAUCUUUGAGGAGAUCUUUGGGUUAAAUUGAUUUGUUUGCCCUAUUUUCAUUUUCAUUUCAACAUCCAAUUUAUUUCAAUGUUAUUUCAUUCCUCACUGUACAGAGUCCUUGUGAAUGUAAACUAAUGUAUAGGUUUUCUGCUUUAUUUUUUAAAAGGGCGUGGUUGUACAGUGCACUACACACCUAUUCCAAACCAAUAAACAUCUGUUUAUUUAA